UCUGAGUAAACCUGGGUAAACCUUUAACUGAGUUUUGACGAAAAACGAUUUUAUUUAGAAAAAAGUAAAAUGCAUAGACACAGUAAUAAUGAAUAUAAAAGCCGGGAUGAACCACCUGCAGAACUGGAAAGUCAAUUUGUUAUGCGGUUACCACCGGAGCCAGCAAGAGUACUGCGAGAAACACUGCGCAGUGCACUACCACUGAAAGAUAGAUUAAGCAUCAAGUUAGAAAAUGAUAUGCGUUAUGGAGAGGUUAGAUUCGAUCACUGGUUACUCCAUGCCAAGGUUGUAGAUCUACCUACUGUAGUAGAAUCAUUAAAAACAAUUGAUAAUAAGAGCUUCUAUAAAACUGCUGAUAUCUGUCAGAUGGUUUUAUGUAAGGAAGAAGAUGAUCAAACUACAACUGACGAAGAAUCUCCUAUUAGACAAAAGAAAAAAGAUCCUAAUAAAGUGGAUAAAAAGUUUUUGUGGCCACAUGGUAUAACCCCACCAACAAAGAACGUAAGACGUAGACGAUUCAGAAAAACCCUUAAAAAGAAGUAUGUUGAAGCUCCUGAAAUUGAAAAGGAAGUGAAACGAUUAUUAAGAGUUGAUAAUGAUGCAGUCAAUGUAAAGUGGGAGGUAAUAUGUGAAGAUGAAGAUCAAACAAAACCUAAUAAAGUAUCAUCAUCCGGCACGGUUAAGACAAAAAGAGAAAAUAUUGAUGGAAAUAAUUCUCAAAGUGUUGAUGUUGCGGAACAUGAUAUAUUUGGUGAAGCUGUCAGUGACAGUGAGGAUGACGACGAUGAGCCAAAUAUCAAUGUAAUGGAAUUGGAUGAGAAUAGCCGAUUAUCUGUUGAUAGUAGAGUUUCCGAUUCUAACUCUAUGCAAGUUGGAUACUCGGAACGGGCAAGCAAUAAUCCUACAACAAGUCAUGAUCUUGUAACAGAGUUUAGUAAAGAAAUGUUUCAAGGUAGCAGUAAUGGUGGUGGAGACGGUGACAAAGAUUGUGUUGAAGAUGGAACAAAAAUCCCUAAGUUGGAAGACUUUCACUCUGAAUAUAUUGUCCCUGAUAAUUAUUCUGAAUCACAGUCUAUUUCAAAAGAUUCGUUGCAAGCUCGUUUGGAAACAUUACACAUGGAAUUGAAUGAAUUACGACAACGAAGGCAGCAACAAGAGCUUGAAAUAGCUAAUAUUGAGAAUUUCAAAUUGAGGCAGCGGUUCCAAGAGAUUUUGGACAAUUUACUUACACAAGAAAUGCAAAAGGAACAAGAGAUUCAAGAGUUAGAGUUGGAGUAAGAACCCUCCAAGUGUUACAUGCUAUGUACAAAAAACUUAUCUUGAAUAAAUAACAUAAAUGCAA